GCUGCUCUGCAUAUCAGCAGAGGCUCUGCUCCACCUCAGGACAUCGGUUAACAUCGGGUGAUACCCUGCUGUGAAGGUUGUUCAUCUGAUCGGACAGCUAUCAGCCGCCAUGGAGCUGCAGCUGUUCGCCACGGCCUGUCUCCUCUUUGCCAGGAUAACAUUGACGCAUCAAACGACUCACAUGAACCCAGUGUCUACAUUUCUGUUCGCUCCUCGUGGGCCUCAGAUGUUUCCAUGCCUAACGUACUUGGAGAGAAACGUCAGGGUGGAUUGUGAGUUUCCAGAAACCUUCCAGGUCCCUGGUCCUUACUGUGAGUAUCGUCAGGACAGCCGGCUGGUGGGCAGCACCUACCCCAACGCCGUCAUCUAUGUUUCCGUUGAGGACCGAAGGAGAAGCAACGUCAGCCUGGUCAAACCCAACCUCUGCCGCCUCACCUGGGCGCCGCUGGCAGAUGAGAGACCUUUCACGUACACCUGCAGGGUUUACCAGGGAAAUUCCUGGAAGGAGAACAGCAUGGCCAUCCAUCACAGGAUUCUUCCAAUCUGCUCUGCAAUCAGCAUCAAAUCAGUGCCGUGGCUUUUAUCCCUGGUGAUGUCACUUCCUUUUGCUGUGGGUCUUCUGAAUCCCUGACCUGUCACUUUCACCUGAUAAUAACUAAAUGGACCCUUUUCAUAUGAUCUGUGACUCACUCUGGUUUGAUGAUUGGUGAUCAACUCUGGUUAUUUUCAUUUUUCAUUUAGGUAGAGAACAGAAGCCAUGAAAACCUCUGAAAAAAUAAAAUGAAAAGUUGAUGAUAAACUUUAUAAACCUCUCAUUUAGACUCAGACACCUCUUUUAAGAGGGGGAAUGAUAUAUUUUAUGUAAGGCUACGUUCACACUGCAGGCUAAAGUAACCAAGAUCAGACUUUUUAGUGCAUAUGUGACUGAAAUCUUUUUGAAAUGGGGCAGACAUGGGAGAUAUCUGAGAAUGGAAGUAUUAGUAUAGUAUAAGAAUACAGCUGCAGUGUCAAAGAAAAUGCAAGAACCUUAAAGCCAGGUUUGAAGAAGUUAAGGGUGGCUGUGUUAUAGCUCUGCAAGAGACUGAAACUCUGGAGAGUGGACCGAGUUCAGUUAACAGCCACAAUACUGACUUAACAAGCUGUCUAUCAGCUGAUUAUAGUGGCCUGUUGCAUGAGCUAUGCCUAAGUUCUAUGUUAAGUUAUGGUGUAAAGGCGCACUAAACCCUACACUGAGACGAGUUUUGUUCUAGGUUAAGUAGCAGCAAUGUUUGGAUGCACCCAGUGUUAAGUUUUACAGCUGUUUUUAACUUUUUCAUAUUCCUACAAUUAAAAUACCUUUUAGUUUUAGUCAAAUUUUGAGUAAUUUUUAUUCUGUAACAUUUUGGUCUAAAUUUAGCUCACCAAAGCUCGAAAACAUUUAAGCCCAGUUUCAUUUAAUAAAAAAUAAAUAUUUACUCAUGACAUCUAAAUGUAAAAGACUCAUAAUAACACACUAUCAAUUUAAAUACACUGAAGAAAUACCUUGAUUGCUCUCUACCAAAUCUCUGCUUGCGUUUUUACUAGGGCUGUCAAGAUUGAGUUAAUUGCAAUUAAUCAAGGUCCACAAUUUUGUAGUUGUGAUUAAUGCUUAAUUGUCCCUUUCAAUACACUUUGGUUAAGGCACAUCAGCAUCUAUCUGCAGCUACAGUGAUGUGAAGAAAAAAAGUCAGCCACUGCUUCUUAAAGUCUCAUUUCACUUUUAAAAUUUUACAGACAGCUCAGUGGACAAGUCAAAUGUCCUCUAAACCUUUUUAAUGUUCUCUUAUUUUAUUUUCAAUCCAUAACAAUUUCCUUUUUCUGCAGUUAAGAUCAUGUUAAAAUUUUUGAUGUACCAAUAAAAGUAGGUCGUUAUCUAAAAUGAAGUCAGUUACCCUUAGUUUAAUCAGGAGAGACUUAAAACAAGUUUGACAAUAAUUUAUUUUACAAAUUGAAUGAAAGAGAAUUUUGCAAAGUCCUUUGUGAUUAGCCUGCAUCGUGACGAUAUCAUAUAUUUAAAGGGGUAGUGAAGCAAGCAGCAGGAAUAGGACACCCCCCCUUGGAGUCAAGACACUGGUGGUGAUGUUGAGAGAUGCAGGAUAAGAUGAGGUGUAGACUUCUAAGAAGCUGCCCAGGAACAGGAAUGCAGGAUAAGAUGAGCAGGAGACCUGUAAGGAUCUGGACUAGAUGCUGAAUAACUGAAUGAAGGUGGCUGGGGUGGAGGAGGGUGGCUUGCUGACUGUGAAAGAGAGAAUGACAGAUUUAAAAUCUGACAGGUGCAUGAUGAUUGGACAAAUGAGGUUGUGGCAGAAUCUGAUUAGCUGACUACAUAGGAGAGUGAACGCCCAUAAUCAGCUGAUCGUCAGAGCAGGAAGACAGAAAGAAUGGAAAAAGGAGAGAUGUGAAUGAGUGGUGACUGAAGAAUGAGCAAAAACAGUCUUCCUGCUUGAACUUUCGCUGAGCUCAAUUUUAACAUAUUAGAAAAAUAAAAAAUGAGAUGCAAAAUAGUGGAAUUUUGAAAUGCUAUAAAAAGGGUUGUGAUUAACUACAGAAAUACUGAGAUUUAGUGCGUUUAAGAAAUUGAUGUUUUGACAGCCCUGGUUUUAACUUCUUUAUGCACAUUGGAGCAAUAUCAUAGAUUUUAAAUGGCACACAGUCCAAAAGUAAUAUUUGAGUCUUGUUUCAGUCUCCUUGAUGAAAACUAAACUUACUUUUCCUUAGAGAUUUUAAUUUAAAGAUUUUUUCUUAGCCAGUCUCAGUUGACUUAGCUGACUUACACUCUUGUCAUAGUUUCAGCUGAUGAAGUUAAUGCUGUUUCUACCACAGAGAUAAAUGAUUAAUUUUCACUAGUAGAUAAUAGCGUCCAAACUAACCAAAAUAUUAUAGAAAUCAUGAUGUAUUCACUUUAUCUGACGAAUCAUUACACAGCAUAUUUUGAUUCAGGGUUUUUUUUUUUUUUAUAAACCAGUGCUGCUUCUUGUGUUGGAUUGUCUCUCGACAGAAUAACAGCUGACUGUCAAGUGCUGUUAAUCCAAAAUCAGUUGAGAAAAUGUAUGAAAAAUAUGUCAGAGUGAUUAGGUGAUAAGUAAAGCCCACAUCUUGAAACUACAGCCCAUGGAAAACAACAAGUGGAAUCUGGUGGUAAAAUUGCAAAUAACAUAAACACCAUGGAAAAUGCACUGCUGACACCAAAAAUUAAAAUCCUUUGUACUUUGCCAUUCCCUGAGUUAUCCAACAUUUUAAAAUCAUCACUAUGGUAACCAUUUUAAUGGAGGACUUUAUAACUGCAAGGAGAUAGAUUUAAUAUUUAAGCCAUAACUUCAGCCUACAUUCAAACUAUCUCAACUGAUGCAACACCUAAUAUGUGAGCUGAACUCAACUCUGUUGUACCUGUAGUUUGUACCUUUAAACUAGGAUAUGUUUGAACUGAGCAGGUGCAGCUAAUAGCUUAAAUAGUUUACUUUCCUCUAAUGCUAGAAAGACAAACCUUCCUUAUCCCAGUCGAAAUUCUGCUGCAUGUAUCGGUCACUUCAGGACUGACUCCAAUACAGACCGCAAUUAAAAAGUAAUGUGAACAUCCAUCUAUCCAUUAUCCAUUUAUUACUGAUAAAGCUUUAGGAUGAUACCCCUUCAGAAGAAGCUAAUUCAAACCAUUGAUACACGUGCUGUUAUUAUGUGCAAUGCACUCUGGGUAGCGAUGCCAAAUAGUUGCAUGCUUCUUCCUGUGGGGUGUUGCCUAAAGCCGUCUCAAUUUUAACCUGAUUAGUACAAUGAGGAAAAGCUGGAAGAAGACCAAUGCGGAACAAUGCUUUGCACAACAUACUGCACAUAUAAAAGACACCUAAUCUUAUAAGAUAAGGCCACUAUGUCUUUAUGGAAAGGGUUCCUUUUAAGGCCUAUGUAAACAAAUACAUUGAGUACAAAAAAAUCAGAUCAGAGUAAUAAAUCUGAACAAUACGACUUGUAGUGUGAACGUAGUCUAAGAAACCUCAUCAUCACCACUCUACCUUGAACGACAUAGUAGCACAAUAGUAACAGAGGGGAUAAGAAAGCAUAACUUUACAAAUAAAGGCAACAGUGAUCAUAGUUGAUUUUUAUUAUAGUGUCUCUAUGAGGUCUCCCUUGUAAAUAAGAUUAACUUUGACCUUUCCGUGUAAACAAUAAUUUUGUCCAAAUAAAGAAUUAAUUUGUAUUUUUUUAAACAGAAAAAAAAGCUUCCUUUAGAUUUCUAUUGUACCUUAUUGCUGUUCAGAGUGCUGACAUCAGAACAACAGAGAAUGGAGAGCAGAUUUAUUGGCUUCAACGCGAACGUUCAGUACAGUAAAGAAUACUAACAAUGCAGCUUAAUACCUGUCAGCUCAACUCCUUCAGUUAUUCUUAUUUAUUAAAAUUUUUGCUCUUUACAUAUAAAGCAUUAUUAGAUAUGUAUCCAGAAUGCAGUUAAUCCACUUAAUAAAUAUUGCUCAAACACUGCCUUCCUCUGCUAUCCAUGCCAGUUCCCAACACCUUCAGCUCAUCAAUCAAUCAAUAUGUCUGGAAAUCCAAUCCCCAUAAGAGGUUCAUAGAAGUAAACAGGCUUUUUCACUACUAUAUGGUGCAAUGUUAGAUUAUCUCCCCAUAAACAGCAAUAAAACAGUUCUUAAUGUGAUUGGGAUGAUUGUUUCUUACUUGAAGACCUUUGGAAAAACACAUUCAUGUCUGUACACUGUGUUUCACUCGGUGCUUUGGUGCUCAUUUCUUGCAGAAUAAAAACACGUGCAGUUUUAUGUUAGUUUGCAAAGUGUGAUGUAGGCAGAGGUUAUAACUUUGCAGCUGUAAUGCAUUUGGAGAGCAUGUUUAUUGUGGAGUUUAGGUCAUAUGUGAUAAACAGGCAGAUGCUAUUUGUAAUGAUGACAGAAAUUGUGGGAAUGAUGUUUUGCACUGUGAAAUGUCACAGUAAUCACUCUGGUGCUUCAAACUGAUAUUGCUCUCUCUUGAAGGCCUAUGUGUAGAUAUGCACAAUAAUAUAUGAAGUAUAUGAAUGAAUAUUCAAGCUUUGAGUUCUUAAAGCUGCGUUUGAACUCCUGUGGACUCUCCUGCUUAGUUUUGCACUGAUGCUAUUGUAUUUUUUACUAUAAUGCAACCUUUUUUUGCACUAAUCAUGUCUGUAGCGCACAUCUUUUUUAAUUUUGCUGAUAUUUUUUAGGCUACAGCUUAAUAUUGUUUGCAAAUGAAACUUGUUAUAAAGAGGUCUUUAUAUUUUUCAGAUAGACAGGUCAGCUUGUUCUGUUCCUUUUAGUCUGUCACCAAAGGUGUAUGAAAUGCUAUAGCAAAACUAUAGUGACUAAUA